CGACCGCGACUCUCGGCCAGAAGCAGAGCUGCCGGAGAGCCCGGCCAAAAGGCAAAGGCAAAGGCAGCGGCAGCCGGGCCAACUAGUUUUUCUUUGGCUCCUCCUUUGGCUUUUAUUGUACACGGGUUUGUUGUUUAGUGUGCCAUUGGCGCUAACAACGUGCGGUUCGGUCGCUGCGGUUUUCUCGCCGCCGGUGAAGUCAGAGAACGGAAUAAAUUCUAGCCCCACUUGCGGGGGGGUCUAAGCACGGGGAUGGAGCAAGUGCAUUAAAAUCAGAUCUGCAGAUUACACAAGUCGGGGCGCAAUCGGGUUCCUUGAACCCACCAAAUACACCAGUAUCUAGCUACGUGCCUCUGGUUUUGUGUAACCCAUUUGGUUGGCUGCACUUUAAAGGCGGUUACAAUAAAUAUUAAUAGGAUUUAUUGAUUGACUGUCGGUGGGCCAGAGCCAGAUCGACACGUGGCUGCAGACCCAUGUCCUUUCUGUCGCCCACACUGCGCCUGGAGAAUCUGUCCACGCAGCCCACGAUGACGCAGGAUCAUGUGCCCGAGGACCAGCGCUAUAACAAACAAAAUAUCGUCGCCCAAUGGUGUGUGCCCAUCAAUGGCAAGAUGUACCGCAUCGAGCUGGAACAUGGCACAACCAGUGGGCGCCGCAUGAUUUGGGUCAAUGGACGGGAGGUCCUGCGUCGCGACUGGAUGUUCAAACUGGUUGGCGAGGACACCUUUCACAUCGAUCAGACGCGCUGCAUCAUACGCGUUGAUCCUGCGCCGGGGUUCAAGUACGAGUACUCCCUGUACAUCGACGGCAAGUCGCACGACCAGUACACCGAGGACAUGACACGGCAGUAUCGACUGUGGCUGUAUACAGAUGAUGCGGCCGCAGAGGCGCCGCAGGAGUAUAGGAUAAUGCUCAAGCUGGACACGCUGAGUCUCUAUGUGAACGAUGAGCUGCGCACCGAGGAGUCAGUUUUUGUUCACGGCGGCACAGACACCAAGUUCCUGCUGCAGGACACGGAAUUCGUGCUUCAGGCACGCUCAAGUGGCAAUAAACAUGAUGGCAUCGUUCACACUCUGCUGGCGAAUGGGGUGCCAGUUCCGGAGGCGAAGAUGCAGGAGAUUAUGCAAGAGCCGGUCUCCAUUUUGCAGAGCAGCAACUGAGGGGUGGCCAUUCAACCCGAAGGGAAAACGUUUUGCAUUUGUUGAGUUGUUAAUAAAUGUUUUUCGGUAGUUGUAUUCAAACCAAUUAAAGCCCAAACUUGUCUUAUACAAUA